CAACAUAACAUAAACAGCGGCUCCUCGUCUUCUUCUGAGUCAAUUCUGCAAGUCAAGAACAAUGAAACACAGUUCAGUUCUGCCUUUGCUGCUCCUCCUGGGGACGUACUCGGCUUACACCUAUCAAAAUGUGGCCUUGCGUGGAAAAGCGACCCAGUCAAAUCGUGAUCCAAACUUUUAUUCAUCUGCUUACAAUGCUAUCGAUGGAAAUCGUGAAUCUAAAUACGAUGCUGGAUCCUGCAGCCACACUGUUAAACAGACCAACCCCUGGUGGAGAGUGGACCUGCUGGAGUCCUACAUCGUCACCUUCGUCAUCGUCACCAACAGAGUGGACUGCUGCGAGGACAGGAUCAACGGGGCAGAGAUUCACAUCGGCAACUCUUUACGAGACAACGGUGCCGCAAACCCAGUGGUUGGUGUGAUUUCUCAUAUCCCAGCAGGCAGCUCUUUAAAUAUCACUUUUACCAGACCUGUGGAGGGACGUUAUGUGACUGUGCUGCUACCUGGUACAAAAAGAAUUCUUACACUCUGUGAAGUGGAAGUCUACGGGUACCGUGCUCCAACUGGAGAGAACCUGGCACUUCAAGGAAAAGCCACACAGUCGUCACUGUAUUCUAUAGGUGUCGCAAAUAACGCCAUGGAUGGGAAUCAUGCCAGCUACUGGAACCAGGCUUCUUGUACUCAUACAAAGGCCGACUUUAACCCCUGGUGGCGACUGGACCUCGGCAAAACCCAUAAAGUGUUUUCUGUCAACAUAACCAACGUUAUAGAUUCUUUGCCACAACGACUUAAUGGAGCUGAGAUCCUCAUUGGAGAUUCGCUUGAAAACAAUGGCAACAACAAUUCCAGGUGUGCUGUGAUCUCAAGCAUCCCUGGAGGUUUCACCGAAAACUUCCAGUGUAACGGGAUGGACGGUCGCUACAUUAACGUUGCCAUUCCCGGAAGAAGCGAGUACCUGACCCUGUGUGAGGUGGAGGUGUACGGGUCCAGACUGGAUUAGAUCUGUGAAGGCUCAUAAUGUAAAACAAUGACAUUUUACAUUGGUGAUGUUCAUCUGAGUCUCAUGGUGCGAUCAUAGCUUAAAGGGACAGUUCACCACAGAGUUUUGGACAUAUGGGCCGUAGAGAUGUCUGCCUUCACUUGAAUGUAACAGAACUAGAUGACACUCGGCUUGUGGUGCUCAAAGCGCCAAAAUUAUACAUUUAAAAAACUAGACACCGAUGUCUCUUUUCUAGAAAUCAUGAUCGGUUACUCAAGAUAAUCCUCAGACCAGUUUUGUUUAGGAACAAUUUUCUUUUUACCAAACUACACCCGCCAACCGUGUCCGGAAACAGACAGAAACUGCUGAGUUUUUCAGAUGUACUUUUUGGGGCUUGAGCACCACAAGCCGAGUGCCAUCUAGUUCCAGUAUAUUAGAGAGAAGGCAGACAUCUCCAACCAUGUUAAUUUAGCCAAUCCGUUCAUGGUCGAUCAGUUUUCAUAUUCAUCCAUGUCAAUCAUCAUCGGUGUGUACAGAAAUCAAACACAUUUUCAAUGCUUCUCUAGUUUUAUUAUCACAUAUUAUAACGGGCCUUAUCUCUUCUUCUCUUGUGCUUUCACACUUCAAUGUUACAUUCCUCAGAAUGCAACGCGCACACGUUAUAUCACACCGGGAAGUUGUGUCUUGUGUGAUCCACCUGUCAGCGUAUCAGCAAAAUAAAUAUAUUCUCUAAUGUUACACAUUUUUCAAAACACAUCGGAGCCUAUAAAAGGAAGACACAUAAUAAAAGUGCAUGUACC